AUGACCAUAAUAAAAACUGAAUCAAAUUGUGAAGAGAUUAAGGAUUCAAAUAAAAGCCUCAGGGAGAAUUUGUUUAACGAACAAGUAAUUCGUAAUGGAACCACAAAUUCAAAUGGAUCAGAUAGCCGCCCAGCUCAAAUUGACAAGGAAAUGGACAAGAAUUCGAAAGAGGAAAGAAGACAAAAGAAUUCAUCCAAGAAGAAGAAAUUGGCAACUUUUUUAUUAAAUACCAAGGAUAUAACCAUGGGUGGUGCUGAUAAAGAUGAGAUUGUCAUUAAACAAGAACCUGAUGCCAAGGACAGAACAACAACUUCACAAGAGCUCUCCGAAACAACUGAAAAAAAGAGGAAAAGAAAACUAUUGGAAAAUGAAAGUGCAUCAUCAACCAAGAGUUCAAAGAAACUCAAUGUAAUGGUGGUUGAAGGAUCUUCACCCCAUAAAGAAAAACUUAGUAGUCUGAAAGAAAACAGAGUUCCAGUAAAGAAAAAUAAUGAUCUCGAUGUGAUAGAAAACCCUGGCGAGUACCCUCAAAUAAAUAAAUUAUUGUAUGAAUCGAGUAAAAAAGAACCCGUUGAUAAAGAAGGAUUUAUGUCAGUACUCCCUGGCGUGGAACAGGAAGACGAAAUUAAUUUUGGAAUUCAAGUUUGUAAUUGGUCUUUGGAUGAAUGGAUCGAAUGUGGACAGCAUUUACAUGAGGAAUAUGGUGUCCUUGUUACGGAAUUAAUCAAGCAAAGGAUUGAACUGAGUGUCAAAUUUGAAGUUGUCACAUCAGUAAUUAACCAACGGGCAGAGGCGUUGAAUUGCCAAGGUAAGAUUUUGGAUGAUAAACUGAUAAAGAUCAAAGAAUUAGGCAAAGAAAUUCUGAAUAUAAUAUAA